AUGUCGAGCGAGUUAUGGUCGUUGUACAAAACAGCCGAAAACCGAACCGGCUCCGCUCCGAUGGUUUCAACGCCUAUCACGCCAAGUUCCAUAAGGACGAGCGAAGUGGAGUCAUCGGAAUCGCAAAAUGAAAGGAGUGCGUCGAUUAGUGUCAGCUCAAAAAUAGCAAAAGUGCAAAGAGUGACACCAACUAAACGGGAAACAUCUAGCAGUAGCAGUGGGUUUUCGUCUCCAGUAAGAACGGCACCUGAAGAACGACGAGUAACUCCCCGAGCACCACGAACACCUCAAAGCGACGCAUCCUCAAGGCUACCAGAAUCAAAUUCUUCUCGGCGACCAAGACAACUUCCUUUGAUCUCCAGAACUCAGCCACACCCGACGCAAAGCAGAAGUACAAUCUCAUCAACCGUUACACCCACACGAACACUUCCAAGAAUCCCAUCAGCAACGUCAUCACGUCGUACAUAUACUAGAAGAAGAUUGUUUGAAGAGCCAACACUACUAGAACAAUAUCAACGAUCAAACAGCGAGCCGGUUAUUGAGCAUUUAAACGUCUCACCGAUGAAGGAUGACGCAUGGAUCGCCGCAUGUCCACCAAGAAUUCAUCUUGAGAGGAAUCGUCCAAGCUUCAUAAAUCGGCUCGAGGCACGACAACGCAUCAUUCGAGCAGCGGCUCAGCAAAGAGCAGCGAUCGAACAAAAAAAACGGGAUGCUGCUCGUGCCGUUGCGCUAGGACACAAAAGUGUGGAAAGCGUACGAAGGGAGCUUUUUGCGGACUCGACAUCGAUUCAAGCAUUUUAUCAAAGAGACAUGCGAGAGAUCACAAUGAAAAAUAUUAGAAGAACAGACGAUUACCGUGGUCGCAUUUGGAAUCGCAUGGCCAAUGUCGAUCGAGCAGCUAAUCGAAUUAUUGCUCAAAGCCACAAUGCAGUACGUUUCAUUUUUUAUGAGUUCGGCGCUUAG